AUGUCGGUCAAUCCCAUGGCCUACGAAGCGCAGUUCUUUGGCUUCACGCCCCAGACGUGCAUGCUGCGCGUCUACAUCGCGUUCCAGGACUACCUCUUCGAAAUGAUGCUGGUGGUUGAGAGUGUAAUCCUGAAGAAGCUGGAAGGGUUUCCCGACUGUAAGAUCAGCCCCUUCCAAAUCCGGAAAAGCACGGAGAAAUUUCUUCUCUUCAUGAAGGAGCACUUUGAUAAACUCUUCAGUAAAAUGGAAGAAGUGCUUCUGCAGCUGGUGUUAAACAUCCCUAAGAACGUGCUCCUCCCCGAGGACAAGGUCCACGAGCAGUACCCCUACAGCAAAGAACAGUUCCAGGCACUUCAGGAUGAGAUCCAUCAGCUGCAGGAGCAGUACAGGGCUGAGGCGUCCGCUGGGCAGGCACUGCGCGCAGAACUGGAAGAACAGAAGGCUGUUCGGGCUGAGCUUGAGAAGAUUUUGCAAUGGUUUGAUGGGCUUGAGAAUAUCUGUAGGGAACACGGGACCGGCAACUUCAAAGAAAGCUUUGCUUUCUUGACACAGAACUCUAAGAAACUGCAAGAUGUGCUGAAAGAUGUUGAAGAGAAAAGCAAAAAAAUAAAGAAGCAUGAUCAGUUAUUGUAAUGGAAAUUCUGAAAAGGCAAUAAAAAUAAUUUAGGCAGCUUGCUUAAAGUGAUAGGGUCUUACCUUUCCAGAAGCAUCUCCCCUGAUCCCUUACUCCU